UGGAUCACUUAGUAUGAUGAGUAAAUGACUUAAUACUUAAAGUUAAAAUAUGCACAUUCUAAAGUGUGGGCGGAUACUUAUCUUAUUGCAACAAUAAAAUUUGGUCAAAUUCCUGCAACAUAAAAUAUCAUGUUCCAUUUGACACUCCGUACUUUUCAUAAUUUAUGUUUAUCGUAAUUGUGUAGGUUUUAUUUCAAUACAAUGCAAUGUUAAAAGCUCCCUGCGUGACUGUACAUGAACGGAGCGGGGCAAGUGGGCGGAGUGAGCGUAUUUUUCUUGCGGCGACGUUGCGCGGGCGGCGUGGUCGCGUGGGGCGGCCGCCGGCGUCACUCCAUGCCCGAUCACGACAAGUACCAGCUGCGGCCCCGCGCCGCGCGCAGCCGCGAGCCGCGCGCGCGCCGCACGCCGCAGCCGCUCAGCAAGUACCGCCGGAAGACGGCCAACGCCAGGGAGCGCAGCCGCAUGCGCGAGAUCAACCGCGCCUUCGAGACGCUGCGCCGCGCCGUGCCCGCGUCCGCCAUCACGGGCACGCCGGUGCCCUGCGAGAAGCUCACCAAGAUCACCACGCUGCGGCUGGCCAUGCGCUACAUCACGGCGCUGUCGGCGGCGCUGCGGGAGACCAGCCCGGAGCCCGAGGGCGCGCGCCCCGAGCGCUGGCCCUCGCCGCUGUGCUCCGACCUGUCGGAAUUCUCCACGGAGCAGGAGACGCCGUCGGAGUUCGCGGAGGACUCGCUGUCGCCGUUCGACUCGUUCUUCGCUGAGUUCGACUGCGACUACAUCGACCGGACAUUCGCGUGAUAGUGUUGUGAGUGGUGCACUGCCGGACUAUUUCCAAUUAGGUACCUACUAUUUAAUUCUCCUUUUGCCAUACUAUUAAUUAUUACUUAUAAAUAACUUUAUUUUAUUUUGUAUGAGAUAUAUUUUGAGAU